CUUGGCUUGGUGGCCCAGGAGGCGGAAUCCCACCGGCUGGGGGAAGGGGUAAUUUUGAAUUAGGAGGCAUCUUUGGUCCUGGUGGAUGUCCACCUAGAUUUGGUGGCGCAGGAAGCGGAUUCCAGCCCGGUAAUGAAGGGUUUAUUCCUGAACCAGAAGGCAUCUUUGAUCCUGGUGGCGCAGGAAGCGGAUUCCAGCCCGGUAAUGAAGGGUUUAUUCCUGAACCAGAAGGCAUCUUUGAUCCUGGUGGCGCAGGAAGCGGAUUCCAGCCCGGUAAUGAAGGGUUUAUUCCUGAACCAGAAGGCAUCUUUGAUCCUGGUGGCGCAGGAAGCGGAUUCCAGCCCGGUAAUGAAGGGUUUAUUCCUGAACCAGAAGGCAUCUUUGAUCCUGGUGGCGCAGGAAGCGGAUUCCAGCCCGGUAAUGAAGGGUUUAUUCCUGAACCAGAAGGCAUCUUUGAUCCUGGUGGCGCAGGAAGCGGAAUCCAGCCCGGUAGUGGAGGGUUUAUUCCUGAACCAGCAGGCAUCUUUGAUCCUGGUGGCGCAGGAAGCGGAUUCCAGCCCGGUAAUGAAGGGUUUAUUCCUGUACCAGAAGGCAUCUUUGAUCCUGGUGGCGCAGGAAGCGGAUUCCAGCCCGGUAAUGAAGGGUUUAUUCCUGAACCAGAAGGCAUCUUUGAUCCUGGUGGCGCAGGAAGCGGAUUCCAGCCCGGUAAUGAAGGGUUUAUUCCUGAACCAGAAGGCAUCUUUGAUCCUGGUGGCGCAGGAAGCGGAAUCCAGCCCGGUAGUGGAGGGUUUAUUCCAGAACCAGCAGGCAUCUUCGAUCCUGGUGGCGCAGGAAGCGGAUUCCAGCCCGGUAAUGAAGGGUUUAUUCCUGAACCAGAAGGCAUCUUUGAUCCUGGUGGCGCAGGAAGCGGAAUCCAGCCCGGUAGUGGAGGGUUUAUUCCUGAACCAGCAGGCAUCUUUGAUCCUGGUGGCGCAGGAAGCGGAUUCCAGCCCGGUAAUGAAGGGUUUAUUCCUGAACCAGAAGGCAUCUUUGAUCCUGGUGGCGCAGGAAGCGGAAUCCAGCCCGGUAGUGGAGGGUUUAUUCCUGAACCAGCAGGCAUCUUUGAUCCUGGUGGCGCAGGAAGCGGAUUCCAGCCCGGUAAUGAAGGGUUUAUUCCUGAACCAGAAGGCAUCUUUGAUCCUGGUGGCGCAGGAAGCGGAAUCCAGCCCGGUAGUGGAGGGUUUAUUCCUGAACCAGGAGGCAUCAGUGAUCCUGGUGGCGCAGGAAGCGGAUUCCAGCCCGGUAGUGGAGGGUUUAUUCCUGAACCAGGAGGCAUCUUUGAUCCUGGUGGCGCAGGAAGCGGAUUCCAGCCCGGUAGUGGAGGGUUUAUUCCUGAACCAGAAGGCAUCAGUGAUCCUGGUGGAUAUCCUUGAUUUGGUGGCGCAGGAAGCGGAUUCCAGCCCGGUAGUGGAGGGUUUAUUCCUGAACCAGGAGGCAUCAGUGAUCCUGGUGGCGCAGGAAGCGGAUUCCAGCCCGGUAGUGGAGGGUUUAUUCCUGAACCAGGAGGCAUCGGUGAUCCUGGUGGAUAUCUUUGAUUUGGUGGCGCAGGAAGCGGAUUCCAGCCCGGUAAUGAAGGGUUUAUUCCUGAACCAGGAGGCAUCUUUGAUCCUGGUGGCGCAGGAAGCGAAAUCCAGCCCGGUAGUGGAGGGUUUAUUCCUGAACCAGAAGGCAUCAGUGAUCCUGGUGGAUAUCCUUGAUUUGGUGGCGCAGGAAGCGGAUUCCAGCCCGGUAGUGGAGGGUUUAUUCCUGAACCAGAAGGCAUCAGUGAUCCUGGUGGAUAUCCUUGAUUUGGUGGCGCAGGAAGCGGAUUCCAGCCCGGUAGUGGAGGGUUUAUUCCUGAACCAGAAGGCAUCAGUGAUCCUGGUGGAUAUCCUUGAUUUGGUGGCGCAGGAAGCAGCACCCAGCCCGGCCGUGAAGGGUGUGAUCCAGAAUCUGGAGGCAUCUGUGGUCCAGGUGGAUAUACGCCUCGAUUUGGUGGCCCAAGGGGCAGAAUCCAGCCCGGUAGUGGAGGGCUUAAUCCUGAACUAGGAGGCAUCUGUGAAUUUGAUGGGUGUUCAUUUUGAUUUGGUGCCACAGGAAGCGGAAUCCAGCCUGGUUGUGAAGGGUGUAACCCAUAAUCAGGAGGUACCUGGUAUCCAGGUGGAUAUCCACCUUGAAUUGAUGGUUC